AUGAAUCCAUAUUUGCUAAGUGCUCACUCCAUCUCUCACUCUCUUUCCUUUACCUAUUCUUUUUUUCAUUCACUAUUUCUUUUCUUUCUUUCUCUUUCCAACUCCCUUUCCUUUUCACAUCUCUUUUUUUUUCCUAGCUUAGGAUUUUUCUUUCUCUCUUUUCCUCUAUUUCUCUUUCUCACUCUUUUUCUCUCUUUCUCUAUCUAUCCCUCUAUAUCUCUCUCUUUCUUUCACUCUCUUUUCCACCACUCUUUUUCUCUAUCUCACACUCUUUUCCACCAAUCUUUUUCUCUUUCUUUCACCCUCUUUUCCACCACUGUCUUUUUCUCUUUCACCCUCUUUUUCACCACUCUCUUUUUCGCUUCCACUCACUUUUCUAUCACUCUCUUUUUCUCUCUCUUUCUUUUUUAUGGCUUCAAAAACAAUUUUUCCUUUUUCCUAAUCUUUAUUUGUUUAUUUGUCUUUUAUUAA